UUGUUGUCCACCAUAAACCAUAACAUCCAAACCCCGUCCAAACCAGAUCAUCAUCACAUACAUAAAAAAGGAACCACCACAGAAAGAAUCCGACCUUUCAUCACCCAAAAUCGAACAGUCAAGCAUUAUCCCAACCCACAUUCAUUAAUUGUCUGCUCUCAGCAAUUCUUGUGCUAAAACAUUUCGAUAUCCAUCCACUUCCCAAGUCUCUCGAAUUGUAUCUACUUAAUGUCUUCAUAAAAAAGAGCUUAGGGAAGAGGUUACAAACCGUGUCAAAAGUCGUGUGCUAGAACCCCACUCCGCUCCUUCAGAGGGAAUUCUCUGUCAUACACAGAGAACUAAUAUAUUUCACAUGGCAACAGUAUCAAUAUCACCCCUAACUGUCACAUUAACAACAAACAUGUCGAGCAGGAGGCAGCCUCUCUCAACCAUCUCGAAUGUCGCUAAUUCCCCGUACCGAGCGGUAGCUUCGACUACCACAAAGCAGAAACGAUCAUAUGCCAAUAUACAACGCGAAGAUGCUUAUGGACAACCACCUCCGGCGAAGAAGCAGAUGCUAGAUGCACAUCAACAAGCUUUAAGAACACCACCGCGUCAAAGUGUUAGUCAAGUCUCGGUUGAAGGAAGGGUCUUUAGUCGGAAGUCCACCAUCCAGCCAUCCAAUAUUGAACGAAGGUGCGUAACAAUUAGAGCAGAUCGAGGUUCUCAGCAGCAAGUUACAAAGGCACAGAAAAUACCAGAGGAGAGUUUGGAAUCUAUACGUCAAUGGCAAAAGUUUUACAGGAGGAAUUUUCCAAAAUUCGUCUUCUACUUUGAAAGUAUAUCAGAGGAUGUCCGGCUUAAAUAUACAAAACAAGUUCUCGCUCUAGGUGCAGUAAGUGUUGAUUCUGUGUAAGGGCUGGGUGCCGCGGAUCAUAUUGACCUCGUUUCAGCGCGACGAAAAAUUCUUUUCUAAUGAAGUCACCCAUGUCGUCACCACUCGAUCGAUUCCACCCGAGAUUCCCUUCACAUCUUCUACUACAGCUCAGUUGGAUUCGCAACAUGGAACUAUAAAUCCUUCUUUGCUGAACCGAUCCUCCGAGACCGCAGAUAUGAGAGAUCCGCGAUCGAAGUUUACAUUUGAAGCUCCAGUUUCCAGAAGGCUUGUUACACAGGGACAUGAUGGAGAUGCCAGGCGACAGCAAGCUCGUAGCUCGGAUGUACUGUACAAAGCGCGAGAGCUAGGGAUAAAAAUAUGGGCUUUGGAAAAGUUGCAAAGGAUGAUGACGACAAUGUUUGACACGGACACUGGCUACCAAAUAUCACACACUCAUAACAAAAGGAGCCAUUCCGUCCAGGGUGGUACAAUAACUAGAGCAAUUCAAGAAGCUGAUCUAUCCCAAUUGUUGAGGAAUGAACGAAUUUAUGGACCAUCAGAUCGAGAUCUCAGCGUCGCUACAAAGGAAAUGACUAUAUUCAAAGGGCCUUAUAUCUACAUUCAUGAUAUUGAUGAAAGGAGAAAGCCGAUAAUGGUUCGAGAGUACAACAAGGUUACUCAAAAAGAAGACGGAGAUUGGCCGCAGUUCCGCAGUGUGCCGAAUGGGAAAUGUCCAUUUGUGGAUGAACAAGAGCUCAGUCGUCGUGAAUUAGAGAAAGAAAAGGAAUUGAUACGUAUUCAGAGCCAAAAGGAAAGGGAAAUGGCUGUGGCUGUGGCUGUGGCUCCAAGAACGAGAGCUGCGGUAGAAGCAGCCAAAAUGCAGCCACCGAAGGCGAUCAGCAAACGAGCACUAUCUCAAUUUGAUGAUGGAGCAAAUCGAAGUGCUACUGUCUCGACAAGGCAAGCCAAUCCAUUCGAUACCAACAGAACCAGAACUCAUCGUGCAGAACUUGAGUCUUCUUCUCGAGGUCAAAAUGCGUUUGUCAGUCGUGCUGGAGUUGGUAGAUUGUUUGGCGGUGAACCUGUUGCAUCGGGAGUCCAACCAUCGAGUAUCACAUCGGCUAUUCGCUCUCAGAUGAUCUCUUCCACAGCAGCUCAACCUGGACUGAAGGUCGGAACAAGCAAAGAGCUUCAUGGUCUGCAGAGGAAGGUGCUGGAGAAGACAAAUGGUGGAUCUGGACCUCAUGGAUCUCAUGGAUCUCACCGUUUGACUGACAUUACUUCGACUGUAAGAGAAGAUACAACCACUCGCCCUGCAAAGCGUGAGGCACAAAGGAAAUUUGGCGUCAUAGACGAAGACGAUAUUACUACAGAAAGAGAGGAAAUGGGUAGAAGAGAUGAAGCUGCUCGCAAAGCAAAAGCUGUUCAGCAAAGAAAGCUUGAAAAGCGUGAUGCCAAACCAGGAUACUGUGAAAACUGCAACGAUAAAUUCGAGGACUUUGACGAGGUAAAUUUCUUUUUAUAUUGUGAUCGCAAUGGUACUAAUAAUUGAAAAGCAUGUAUCCUCACGCAAACAUCGCAAAUUCGCGGAGAAGGCCGAAAAUUGGAGGGAGCUUGACGCCCUAUUAGGUCAACUUGUUCGACCUCUUUUGUAAUGAAGAUGGAAUCGCUUCUCCAUGUACUUUCAAUCAUUCAUGUGAAUUCAAUUUGAACCAGACAGCAGCCUGUCCCUCCCAAAUUAAUAAUAUAAGGGGUUCAAUCAUCGGGACAUAGAAAAACAAAAACGGAGUCGUUAUAACGACACAUCACAAUCACAGUUUUGCUUUCAAAUUUGCAUCUUGCUUUAUACCACAAUACCCAGACAUCACGAUUGUUUUUUCCUGAUGGGACGGCGGAAUGAUAGGGUGGCAAUAUUGCCUUUUUUGGGGACGUAUUACUUGAUUCGGCCUGGCCUGUAUCAAGAUUUCGGCAUUUACAAAGGCGUUUAUUCUCUUUCAUCUACAAUGUGUUGAUUUUGUUCUUGGGGGAGGGGUGUUGGUUGGUGGUCUCUUGUGCUUUUGCUCUUGCUCUUGCUCUUGCUUUUGCUCUUGCUUUUGCUAUGCUUACUUGAUGGGCAAGGCAUGGCAUAGCAUAGCAUCUUGCGUGCACUUUAUAGUGUCUUGUUUUGACUGUGUUGUAUAUAGUAUCCACUGUGGUGAGGCUAGGGUUUAGGGGAAAGGGAAAGGAAAGGAGACACGGAGAGGGAUUUCAGGGUUGUAAGAAGAUGGCAUGAAAUGAAAUAAGAUGAAGCGCUCGGAAAUUCCUUACUUGGGAGUAAGUGUGAAAUAACCGGUGCUCUUUUCCAUGUACAUAUAUAUACAUAAAUAAAUGUAUGUGUGUC